AUGUCUGGAAUUAAGCUUAUCCUGCUACUUUUUCAUAUCUGCAUGGUAUAUGGAGUGGAGGCAACCCAAUGUAAUUUAAUGACGACAUCAUGUACCCGUCGCCAAAAAGAUUGGCAUUUCAAUCAUCUAAUCGGAAGAUGUGAGAGGUCUACAUCAAGUUUCUGUGGAGGGAAAGGAAAUACAUUUUCAAAAUUCGAACAAUGUCAACAGACUUGCGAAAUGGAAGAAACUAUAACCGACGGAGACUGUCGGAUUGACUUGAACAGGGGAAAGUGCGAACAUAAAAAGAAAGGAAGGCCUAAAAAACCAGUUUCCCGGUGGUACUUCAACAGCACCGACUCCACCUGUUAUAGGUUUAUGUGGUAUCGUUGUAGUGGCAAUAGAAAUAACUUUCCUACGAAACAAGAUUGCAUGGUAUGCCAAAGAGCCAUGCCAACUACGCCAACUACGCCAGCUACGCCAACUACGACAACUACGCCAGCCACGUCAACAACGCCACCUACGUCAACUACGCCAGCUACGCCAGUUAAGACGACUCUCCCGUCUGAGUGCUGAACAGGCCUUUGUCUACGCUACUGGGCUGCGCAAGACUCGUGAAAGUGCUUCAAUUCUGAAAUAAAUACACAU